CAGAAAUAAUUUUUACUAAAUACCCUGCCGCCAUUAUUAAUCUUAAGGACCAAGUUUCCUUGCCCCUUCAGGCGCGGGACAUAACAGUCGCCGUCUUUUUCAUUUCAUGUUCUUUCUCAUAGGGUUUCCCAACACUUUCGCCUUCUAGCAAAUCAUUCAUCGCAGAUCGUCUCUCUAUCGAGGGAUCUAUCUUCUGGAGCUCUCCUCUAUUGACUGGCGCCUGUUCUGAAAGCUUGGUAAUUGCAGUGAAAUGAGUUCCGCAUCGAUCUUUCGAAGUCUUCGGGAGCUUUUCCCUCAGGUGGACCUGCGAAUGUUAAGAGCCAUCUCGAUUGAACAUGCAGAAGAUAUUAAUGAAGCAAUUGAGUUUAUCCUAUCAGAAGUUUUGCCAGCAUCUAAUGCAACACCGGGUGUUUCGUUCAUUCUUCAUGACACUGGAGAUAAUGGGCCUGAGCAUAUCACCAUUCCUGAUGGAAAUCCAGACUCUUCCUUUGGUUUACAAAAUUAUAAUGAUGGAGCUGAGAGUAGAGGCUCGGACUCUUUUGUUGCACACGGUACAAACGGAUGUGUUUUGGGGCAACCCUAUUUUAUCUCUGAUGCAGGUUCAAUAACAGAACCAGAACAUGAAGAAUCUAUUUAUAAUAACAGCCUAAGUUUGAAUUUAAAUCAAUUGUCUGAGAAAGAGGAUGAGAACUUCUUGUAUAAAUCACAUAAUCAAGAUGGUAUUGUUGAAUCCCUUUUACAUGGCGGGAGAAAGGAGAUCAUUCCGACUGAACUUUUUAUCAAAUUCACUGAGGAGCUAGAAUGUGUACAUAUGGAUCUGCAUUCUGACACUGAAGAGCUGGUCCAAUUAAGAGAUGAAGAGAACAUUUCGGUUCAACUUGAUGAACAAACUAUUUCAUCUGAUGUUUUUGAUAAAUGUAAAAAUCCAAUCGAAUAUGGAUUUGAACAACAGAAUGACAUUAACAUUCAACUUAAUGCAUGCAAUGAUUUAUCUGAAUGUUCAAGUGAACAAUGUAGACCCUUGAAUUUGCAUGACUUAGAAACUUUGGUUACACCACCUGUCCUUACGCGCUUGCUUAGCGCAUCAGAUUUCAGUGAGAAAAAUCAGCAUUACUUGGGUCUUACAACUGAAACUGGCAAGAAUGCAAUGGAUUAUGAUAAUCAUAACUCCUUAAGUUUAGAUGUGAAUUUUUUGGAGUUCUCAUCAGAUGAAAAUAUCCUCCCUGUUACUUUGGCCACUCGUUCAGGUCAUGCAGUGAGCACAGAUGUACUUGAAGAUUCUAUUAAGGAGGCCAAAAGCAGCAAGGAAUCUCUGGUGUCUUCCUUUGAUUCUAUGGUGAGCAUGAUGCGUGAAGUUGAGCUUUUUGAAGAGAAGGCUGAGUUAGCUAAAGAGGAGGCUUCUGUUGCUGGUCAUCAUGCUCUUUGUAAGGUGGAGGAACUCCAACAGAUUGUGAAAAAAUCUAAGGAUGAAAAUGAUAUGCAAUCCGGCCAAGUGUAUGGUGAGCGGUCAAUCUUAUCAACUGAAGCUCGAGAACUACAGUCUCGACUCCUUCGAAUGUCAGAGGAAAGGAGUAAAUAUCUUUCAGUCAUUGAGGAGAUUGCUUUCUUGGUUAUUUUUGCUUAA